CAAAGAGAGGCUCGCUUCCUUUUCUAUAACUUUUGGUCUCUCACCCCCACCUUCUCCUUACAACCAAUCACAUCCUCUAAACCCUCGACAUGGGUGGAGAAUAACUAAUCCUCACAUCUUUACUACUUUCCCUACAAAAAUUCAUAAUCAUUUUCCAUGUCAGAUUCCUCCUCCUCCGCCAAAAGACUCAAACUUUUUUGCACUGAUCUCCGCCGUUGUCACCGCUGCUGGCGGUGCACUCAGCCGUUGCUCCCGGGCCUGCCGGACCACAUCGCCCACCUCUGUCUCUCUAGACUUCAUCCUUCCAUUCUGUUCGCGGUUUCUUGUUCUUGGAGACAAUUUAUUUAUUCUUCGGCAUUUCCUCCACAUCUCUCUAUCUAUACUGUGCUGUCAUCCUCCAUUGAUUCCGGCGGUGAUGCUGUCCACUUCUUCUCCUUCGAUCCGAUCCAGUCGCGGUGGCUCCAACUCCCGCCGCCGCCGCCGUCGGAUCCUCCGCUCCGCGUCCUGCUGACUCACCCGUCGUUCCUCUCCCGGAGGUUACCGGUUCAGUCUCUGGCGGUGGCCGGGCAGCUCGUGGUUCUGGCCGCCACCGCUCACGGCCUCGUCCCGGCCCUCCACCGCCCGCUUAUCUUCGAUCCGAUGUCGCGAACCUGGCGGUUCGGGCCGCGGCUGUUGGCUCCGCGGCGGUGGUGCGCGGCCGGUACCCUAGGCGGGGCGGUGUACGUGGCCGGCGGGAUGGGCGGAAGCUACAGUCUGGAGGUGGCGAAGACGGUGGAGAGAUGGGAGGUGCGAAACGACGUCGUUGAGAGGAGGGGCUUGAGGGAUGUGAGGAUGAGUAGGGAGGCGAUUGAAGCGGUCGGGUGGAGGGGGAAGCUGUGGAUGGUGAAUGUGAAGGGCGUGGCCACCAAGGAGGGGGCGGUGUACGACGUCGCUUCAGACGUUUGGGAGGAGAUGCCGGAGGGGAUGCUUGGAGGGUGGAGGGGGCCGGCGGCGGCGAUGGCGAUGGCAGGGGGAGCGGAGGAAAUGUAUGUGGUGGAUGAGGGCAAGGGGAUUUUGAGAAAAUACGAUGGUGAGCGUGACGCAUGGGAAGAGGUGGUGGAGGCGGAGGUGCUUAGAGGAGCAGAACACAUGGCGGCCGGCGGCGGAAGGGUGGUGGUGGUGAGUAGCGGCGGUGGGAGGAUCGUGGUGGUGGAUGUAGUGGCGUCAACGCCGCGGAUCUGGGUGGUGGACCCGCCGGAGGGCCUUGAUGCGGUGGCUGUUCAUGUAUUACCCAGGAUGAGCCGCUGUACGGAAUGAUUAAUUUUUUGUCAUACCCUGUACUCAAAAACCUAUAAAAUGAUUUUUUGUAAUUUCCUUCUCUCUAUCUUCUCCCAUAAAUUUUGUAAAAACCAAACAUACCCUAAAAUUUUAUCGUCUUUUAAGAACCAAACAUAUGUUUUCCGUUAAGAUUGAAGGAUCGUUAUAAGAAACAUUACCAACAUAAUCCC